GUUCUCAUGCAAAAGACACGUGUUGUGUUCUGCCACAGCAUGCAACAACAUUGCAUCUGUCUCAUGCCUCUUAUUAAUUUUUAUUAAUUUCUCCCUCUAAAGUCUAAACUGCAGUUUUAGCUAUCUUAUCUAUGAAACUUAACUAUCCAUCUCCAUGGGGGAAAACCAAAAAGACUCAUUUGUUUUGCCUACACCAGCAGACUUACUCUACAACAGCAUGGCCUCUGUCUUUUCCCCUUUCUACUCACUUCUGACAGUGACAUCUGAGUCCUACCAUCAUGAUGGGCAAACCAAAGACAAUGCUCCUUCACAAAUAGCUUAUGGUAGCAUAGUAUUGCUUAAGAAACUGGGUCUUUGUUUUCUGAGUGCUGCAUAUGUGUGUAUGAUUCUGUUCUUUGUUCUGAUUCUGGCUUCUGUGGUUGGUGUUGGGUUGGUUCGGUUUUGGGUGGAGGAACCUGUCAUUGUUAAUGAAAGUUUGUAUUUUGAUUACACUGAUGCUCAUCCUACAGCUGUAUUUUCAUUUAAUGGUGGAGUUAGUGCUGCUUGGGGUUAUAUUAAGAAAAAGCAUAUACGUGUUCCAGUUGGUCACACAUUUUCUGUUUCUUUGUCCCUCUUGAUGCCUGAAUCUGACUUCAAUAGGGAGCUUGGUGUGUUUCAGUUGACAGCAGAGCUCCUAUCAGUAAAUGGAAACGUGAUAGCAAAAUCAAGCCACCCAUGCAUGUUAAGGUUUCGAAGCUCACCGAUUCGACUUGCAAGGACAGUUAUGAUGGGUGUGCCAUUGGUGCUAGGAAUCUCAGCCGAGACUCAGAAAAUCAAUGUAGAAAUAUUGAGGCACAAGGAACAAAAUCAAAGAACAAAUGCUAUAAGAGUAACCCUGCAUCCAAGAGCAGGAACUUCAUCUCUUCCACAACUAUAUGAAGCUGAAAUUGUUAUAAACUCCCAUUUACCUUGGGCUAAAGAGUUAAUUCGAAAUUGGAAGUGGACUUUCUAUGUUUGGGUGUCAUUAUAUGUGUACAUCGUGCUACUUAUGCUUCUCUUAUAUUGUUACAGGCCACUCAUCUUUCUUGUCACACAAGAAACUUUUAGUGAGCAAAGGGUGAGGGAAGUGAUAAGUGAAGAACAUAAAGACUUACAAGUUGGAGAUUUAUCAGGAGAUGAGAGUGAAGUUUCUGAGUUGUUGAGGAAAUGGAGACUUAGCAGAAGCAAGAGAAAGACGAUCCUGACACAUGGUAGUGUUGGUGUGCCAGAAGCAAUUGGCGAGGCUUCUAGUAUUAGCAUGACGACUACUAGAGAAGAUGUAACCAGUCUUGCUGUUGAAGAUGAUGUUGAGGACUCUGAAUCAGUGUGCAUAGGUUAAAGGGUAUAUUUUAGUUGCUUUGAAAAUGGUUGAUAAAUUGCUUUUGGAGUAUACUUUUUUAAUUGUAUAAUAAUAUGAUCAAUGGUCAAUUAGAAGUUUGUGUCUAAGCUGUUCCUGUAUCUAUGUUAAGUAAAGUUAACAUCUCACACGUUGAUUUAAGAGAUUUUCGAUCAUAUUUUAAUUAAGUUGUGAUA